AUGGUUCUAGUUCCUCAAAAGUUGAUUGUUCAUUAUAAUCAUUGUUCUAUAAAAAAUGUUGGUGAAACUUUCAUAGAUUAUAUAAAUGUCCAAUUAUUUUUUUUAAAAAAUGUUUUAUGUUGUCCUUUUGUAUAUUUAGUAGAGGAAACUCAUCCAAUUAGCAAUUAUAAAGGGUUUCCAUAUGCCUUCAAUACAUUAGAGGGAAAUAUUUUAUAUGGAGAAGAUAUUAUCAACUAUAUGAAAAAUCUUUAUCUGUUUGACUCUGUUAACUAUGAAACGUAUUAUGGAAUUGUCCACGAGCUUAAGGCAAUACUGAUAUACUAUCUAUGGGAAGAUGAGCAAAUUUACAAUAAUUUUACAAAAAAAAUAUACCGAGACAAUUUUUUUUAUCUCUAUUAUGUUUAUAUAAUAAGAAAACUAAAAUAUGAAAAUUUGGAAAAAUGCAAAACAUUCGGAUUAGACAAUCACAACUUUAAUAUAAAAAGAUUGAAGGAAAUUUUAAAUAUACUAGAUAGUGUUUUAUGUGGCGAUGAACAACCACUGAAGGAGAACACUGUUUGUUAUUUUCACUCGAUUUGUUUUUCCAUUUUAUCAAUUUUCUAUUCAAUACCUUUAAAAUAUAACAGUGAGUUGCAGGAUACCUUAAUGUCAAACCCCAAUUUAAUAGACUUCGUAAAAAAUCUUAAUAGCAUGUAUAAUGUAUGGAAAAACGAAAAAUCAUUUCUUUUAGGAGUACAAUAA